UAUUGUUUUCUCAUCGAUCUAUUUUCUUUUAAUCCAUUCAGUAAGUUACUGGUACAACUUCUCAUCGUUGUAACCUCCUAAGGGCCUAGCUCGAUCGGUCUUCAUCCACAAUAAGAAUGGAUAGCCAGCCUCCAUCUCGUACCUUGUUCCGCCUGCUUUCCCAAAUUCGGCAAGACCCGGCUCCUCAGCCUCAACCUCCCGUAACCCAGACAAGGGCUCCUCUUCUUCGCACUGCAUCACAACAGGCGAUUAGACCUCCAACUGUCCCACCACAACCUGAGCCUCAGCCUCAGCCUCAGCCUCAACCUCCACCUCCACCUCCAACAGCUCAGCCACGAGUACCCGCUCAAUCCACUGUUCCUUCAGCGCAGGUGGUUGAGACACCUUCAACCCCAAAGCUGACUUCAACGUCGUCGACUUCUUCACUGCCAUCUUCUCCAAUAACCAAGGUUUCCACUUCUUCGGUGCCAUCUUCUCCGGUAACCAAGGCAUCCACUGCUCCCCUGCCAUCUUCUCCGGUAACCAAGACUUCCACUGCUUCCCUGCCGUCUUCUCCGGUAACCAAGACUUCCACUGCUUCCCUGCCGUCUUCUCCGGUAACCAAGCCUUCCACUGCUUCCCUGCCGUCUUCUCCGGUAACCAAGGCUUCCACUGCUUCCCUGCCGUCUUCUCCGGUAACCAAGGCUUCCACUGCUCCCCUGCCGUCUUCUCCGGUAACCAAGACUUCCACUGCUCCCCUGCCGUCUUCUCCGGUAACCAAGACUUCCACUGCUCCCCUGCCGUCUUCUCCGGUAACCAAGACUUCCACUGCUUCCCUGCCGUCUUCUCCGAUAACCAAGACAUCCACUGUUACCCAGCCAUCUCCCCCUCCAGCGACGACCAAAACAUCGUCUUCUUCUCUGACGACGUCUCCAAAACUCGAAACCGUUGUUCAUGUGCCGACUCCUCCACCCAAAUCUCCCCAGAUCAUCAAGUCUUUUCAACAAAUCCAACCGCAGUCUCCCACGACCAAACUUUCGGCACCACCCACUUCUCUGUCAUCGCCACCAUCCCACCCACUAAAGGCGGAUCCAGAACCCGAGACAAAGCCUCCACUGGUGGCUGAGCAGAAGAAUGUGGUUGUGCAGGAGACGCAUAAGACAAUGCCAGGGAGUACUACUGAAAACUUACUGAGCAAGGUUGGCGAGGGUAGACCCUCCUCUAACCAGAAGGAUGUUCGUAAAAAGUCUGAGGCGGGUUCUGCAGAGGGUGGUAUGAAGGUGAUAACCAUAUCAGGUGAAAACAAGGGUGCUUACAUGGAACUCGGUUACUUCAACAAAAAGAAAUUACAGGAGAACAAAGGGAAUCCCCAUCGUCUACGAUCUGGAAGCAGCAGCAGCAGUGAUCAAUCGGGCAACAGCAGCAGCAGCGACGAUGAUGGGAAAACCAAGAAGAACGGUAACACAGCAGCAACGCCGGGAAAGAAGCAGCUGCCCGUAUACGUUAAUAGCAACGUACAGGGCAUCAACAAUUCUAUUCUCUACAACACCACCUUCGCGCACCAUGAUCCUGGGAUUCACCUUUCCCUCUCUAGAAAGCCAUUCUCCAACCAGGACCAGACGGCGACACACGCCAAUGGCCACAGCCACGGUGGGAAUACUUGAACAUGGCAAGCGACUGAUGGAGUGAGAGACAGGGAGAGAUAUUCUAUCUCUUCUCCUACUUUAUCACGACAGAAUAUUUAUGCCUUCCACUACAAUCACUCAUAUAUAUUCCAUCUCCCCAUAAUAAAGCAAGAGAGAGUGCAGUAAGAUAUGAUUUACUAGAUGAAACUUCAUUCAACCAUGCAACUCGCCUAUGAAGGAUUUGAUAUGUUAUAAUUAAUGAGUUUUAUUAUAUAUCAUAGCACAUAUGUAAUAAGAGCUGAAAUCAUCAUCAUCAUCAUCAUUAAGGCUCCAAUUAUGUAGUUUUUUUGUUUGGUCAUUCCGUUAAGUUCAAUUUGUAUCAAUUUAUAUGUAUGAAGUGCAAUUCCAGAUCCCCCACCCCAAGUCAUACGUCAGUAGCUGUUACAUCUGAAUAGUAAAGGUCCACGGCCCUUGAUUUUAUUAUUG